AUGGGAACCGUAAGCAAUGGGGAUGCGGCAGCAGAGAUAACGGAGCACUUGUUAGAUGAUAACAAAGUGGAGGCGGAGGUGGAUGAGAUUCCAGAUUGGAAGGAGCAGAUUACUGUUAGGGGUCUGGUGGUGAGCGCGGUGCUUGGAACCCUCUUCUGUAUAAUCACCCAUAAGCUCAAUCUCACGGUUGGGAUCAUCCCCUCCCUCAAUGUUGCCGCUGGUUUGCUCGGCUUCUUCUUCGUCAAGAGUUGGACCGCCUUUCUCUCCAAACUCGGCUUUUCGGUUCAGCCGUUUACCAGACAAGAGAAUACCGUUAUUCAGACCUGUGUUGUUGCUUGCUAUGGCCUCGCCUUUAGCGGUGGAUUUGGAUCAUAUUUGCUUUCUAUGGAUGAGAAAACAUACCAGCUCAUUGGGCCAGAUUACCCUGGCAAUAGAGCAGAGGAUGUGAAGAAUCCAGGGCUGUUAUGGAUGAUGGGUUUCAUAUUUGUUGUCAGUUUUCUUGGCCUUUUCAGCCUUGUCCCACUUCGCAAGGUCAUGGUUAUGGAUUAUAAACUAACAUACCCCAGUGGUACUGCCACGGCAAUGCUAAUAAAUAGCUUUCACACAACUAGUGGAGCUGAACUUGCAAGGAAACAAGUAAGCUGUCUAGGAAAAUAUUUGAGUAUUAGCUUCUGCUGGAGCUGCUUCAAAUGGUUUUUUAGUGGUAUUGGUGAUUCAUGUGGAUUCGACAAUUUUCCUACCCUUGGAUUGAAGCUGUUUGAGAAUACGUUCUAUUUUGACUUUAGUCCUACUUAUAUUGGAUGUGGUCUUAUCUGCCCUCACAUAGUCAACUGUUCAGUUCUUCUUGGAGCAAUUAUAUCGUGGGGUUUCCUUUGGCCAUUUAUUUCUCAGCGUGCUGGUGAUUGGUACCCUGCAGACCUUGAGAGCAAUGACUUUAAAGGUCUCUAUGGUUAUAAGGUGUUUAUAGCCAUUUCUCUUAUUCUUGGCGAUGGUCUUUAUAACCUGAUUAAGAUCAUAGCAAUAACUGUAAGGGAAGUGUGCAGAAGUAGCAGCAACCAGAGGAAUCUUCCUAUCACCUUGGAGCUCUUAGACGAGGAUACAUCCCAGUCACACAUUGAGCAGAAGAAAAGAGAUGAAGUUUUUAUGAAAGAUGGGAUACCAUUAUGGUUUGCAGCUUCUGGAUAUGUUGUCUUGGCUGCUAUAUCUACAGCUACAAUUCCAAUUAUCUUCCCCCCACUUAAGUGGUAUUUGGUUCUUUGUGCGUAUAUAUUUGCCCCUGCUCUUGCCUUCUGCAAUUCCUACGGUACCGGACUCACAGACUGGAGCUUGGCGUCGACAUAUGGAAAGAUUGGUCUUUUUAUAAUGGCUUCACUGGUGGGAAGUAAUGGUGGGGUCAUAGCUGGGCUGGCUGCUUGUGGGGUUAUGAUGUCCAUCGUCUCUACUGCUGCUGAUCUAAUGCAAGAUUUCAAGACCGGUUAUCUCACAUUUUCAUCCGCUAAAUCAAUGUUUGUUAGUCAGUUGGUGGGCACAGCCAUGGGAUGUGUUCUUGCUCCACUCACAUUCUUCAUGUUUUGGAAUGCCUUUGACAUCGGGUCUCCCGAUAGUCCAUACAAAGCACCAUACGCUGUGAUAUACAGAGAAAUGGCUAUUCUUGGAAUCGAGGGCUUCUCCGAACUCCCUAAGCAUUGUCUCGCUAUAUGCUGUGGAUUCUUCAUAGCUGCUCUGGCCAUAAACCUGUUGAGGGAUCUGACCCCAUCAAAGGUUUCGCAAUUCAUUCCUAUUCCAAUGGCAAUGGCUGUGCCAUUCUAUAUUGGAGCUUAUUUUGCCAUUGACAUGUUCGUUGGCACAGUGAUCUUGUUCGUGUGGGAGAGGAUAAACAGGAAAGAUUCGGAAGAUUUUGCAGGUGCAGUUGCUUCGGGUUUGAUUUGUGGUGAUGGGAUCUGGACAAUACCAUCAGCAAUUCUCUCAAUAUUCAAGAUUGAUCCUCCGAUCUGCAUGUAUUUUGGACCUUCUGUGAGUACCUGAUGAAGAAAAAAAAUGGUAUUUGUCUUUGUAUGGACCGAAUGCACCUUUAAGGAGUGUUGGUGUUUGUUUCCAUGCAUGCAGGAACAGUUCCUCUUCAAACUCUACUCUCUUGUCUGAUCUGUAUAUAUUCUCUUCACUUUUUAAUGUAUGUUUCAAUGCAAUCAAAGAAUCUUUGAGAUGCAAGUGCCACAUUUUAGCUUUGGAAAAUGCUAUUUGUAUUACUACAUAUUAUAUUUAUGCAAUUACCAUUGCCCAUUGGCUAUUUACAAAGCAA